CCGCAUGCCUGUCCGCCUCUUCCUCGUCGACUGUAAUGUCUCUUGCGUGUCUCCUCCUGUACUUACGGUAGACCCCUCCGCUACACGGAAGAAGAGGCUCAGCUAGCUAGAAACAAACAGGGAUGUAACAUUUAGUGCGUUGUUUUUCGCAAUUUUUGAAAGACCCAUUGCGUGGAAGGACAUUUUCAAACCGCAGUUACCCUCCACGCGUUACUUUGCAUGAAUUAUCAUGGCGACGUGCAUCCCCUUUCAGACCCAGCUGUCCUCAAUAAUGGAGGUUUUGGUGAAAGCAGCAGUGACAGAGAUAUCCAAACUAGUCGAUGACAAAUGUGCGUUUUUACACCUCGAGAUAUCCAGAAAGCAGAGCGAGAACGAGCUGCUGAAGAGGAAACUGCUGAUGAUGGAGAACAAGAGUGCACAGCUGCAGCGAGGCUUUGAAAACUACAUGGACAGAGGAACUGACUGUCCGCAUCCCACAGGAGAUAUUAAGUUUCCUGAGAUUGAUGAUGCUCAUGUUUCAUUCACAAUUAAAGAAGAGAGUCCUGACGAGACGCUGUGGAUCACCGAUUCUGCUGGACCGAUUGGUUCUGCUUUACAAUACCCUAAUGCCCCUGAGAGCCAGCAGCUUGAAGAAAACCGUCAGUUGAACCAUUCAGAGGUCGCCAGGCAAAAAGCCUCAGAGUUUGGUGAUUUGUACAGCUCUGGUCAGCUCGCAGGAGACAUCAGCGGCCUUCAGUUCCCUGUCAAGACGGAGAAGGAGGAGGGCCGAUCUGGAUUCAGUCAGGAUGGAUGCCAGCACGGCGCAGGGAAGCAGACUCAACUCGCUGCUGACUUUUCCAUCGAUGAACGAGAGAAUCAGCUGUGGUCGUCCAUAAUCGAAGGUAAUGACAUUGAUGCUGGUUUUCCUGACUUCUCCAGCGUGGUGGAGGAGUACUCCAACACGUUCCCGGAUCCCGCUGACGCUCACAUGGUUUCAAACACGGCCAAGCCGGCUGGCGUGCAGCAGCCGACCUCGCAGAGGCCUUGUAAUGGGAACUACAACAGCGAGUAUCAGAAAGAUGUUCCACAGUCGUCCAGUUUUGAGCCCAGACAUAACCAGGGUAACCAGACACAGCAAGACAGGCAGAAAGAACAAAUGUACUCGCUUCUGAGGGAGCCGGAUGAUCUACCCGAGAGGGAGACUACAGCUGGAGAGAGACCAGCUGUAACUCCCUCGCACAACACCUUCACCACAGGCAGCUACGCCUCGCACAGACCUCUCUCCGGCAUGGCGCGGGGCUACGUUUGCUCGCAGUGCGGGAAGACGUUCAGCCGCCUGCACCAGUUCAAGCUGCACCAGCAGAGCCACAAGAGAAAGCGGGCUUUCUGGUGCACGGUGUGCGGGAAGAACUUCCAGUGUUCAUCCCACCUCAGCAUACACCACCGGACACACACGGGCGAGAAGCCGUACGGCUGCGGACAGUGCGGGAAGAGGUUCACGCAGCAAAGCAGUCUGAGGGUGCACCAGCGCACGCACAGCGGGGAGCGGCCAUACAGCUGCUCGCUGUGCGGGAAAACCUUCAUCCUGAUGCACCAUCUGAAGCGGCACAGAAUCAUCCACACGUACAGCUGAGGGGGAGGUGUGUGACGGGGUGUUGCUCAGGUGAAAAGACACAAAUGACCCUCAAAACAAAUCAAAAAGCCAGUGAGCGGCAGCUUCCUCGGUUGGGAUUUGUAGCUUUGUGGCAUUGCUCACAGACUUUGUAUAUUAAUGCAUAUUUUACUAUGCAAAAUCCAUCCAGUUUUAAGACGUUUGCUUCUUUUUUUAACUACUUUGUCCUAUAAUUAUUAAAACUGAAAUGCAGCUGAGUUCCCACCAGUCAGUAUUUUUAAGACACCACCAAAGCUAGAAAUCCAAAAAAAAAAAAAAAAACAAGGUCUGAAGUGUGGAGUCGUUACAAAAACAUCCUCUUACAGACCCCGGCAUACUGAUCUUCACUCUUCGACACCAUUUUUUUCAGCUUCUCGUGUAGAAAUAUGCCUUACUUCAUCUCAGCACUGAAACUGUAAAAGCACAAGACGCUCGUUAUCCCCAUAAACUCUCCCCCGUCCAUUCAGAGCCAAGCAGAGUGAAUCACCUCUCAGGUUCAUGUUGUGAUGUCAACAGUGGUAAAAAACCUGCCUGACUAUUGUUCCCGGUUGAAUUUUUUUUUUCUCCAUCAGAUGUAAUCCCCCAAAAUCCUUUGCCCUUUGUUAUGAUUUAUAUUAAAGGAUCAGUUCAAAUCA